AUGGAUUCCCUCAAAUUGCCUACAACUGCCGCUCAGGCAAAGGCUUUUACAUCCAGCGGAUCCCUUUCCUUUCCCAUGAAUAAUGACGACAUGAUUAAGGCAGAUCCUUCUCAGACUGAACAGCACAUUAUCAAACAAGACAUAGAACCAGAAAUAAAAGAUGUUGUUGUCAGCGACGACGCUAACAGCUCAGGUAUCGUUCCCACGUUACAGAAUAUCGUGGCUACUGUUAAUCUCGAUUGUCGUUUAGAUUUGAAAACUAUCGCUUUACACGCAAGAAACGCUGAAUACAAUCCCAAGCGUUUUGCUGCUGUUAUCAUGAGAAUAAGAGAGCCUAAGACGACGGCCCUGAUUUUCGCAUCAGGAAAAAUGGUUGUCACUGGUGCUAAGUCCGAGGAUGAUUCUAAGCUAGCAUCUAGAAAAUACGCGCGUAUCAUACAAAAACUGGGGUUUAACGCUAAGUUUACUGAUUUUAAAAUUCAAAACAUUGUGGGUUCUUGUGAUGUUAAGUUUCCUAUCAGAUUGGAAGGUUUGGCCUUUUCACAUGGACAUUUCAGUUCUUAUGAGCCUGAAUUGUUUCCUGGUCUAAUUUAUAGAAUGGUGAAACCUAAGAUUGUGCUGCUGAUCUUUGUGAGCGGCAAGAUUGUAUUGACAGGUGCCAAGAAGAGAGAAGAGAUCUACCAAGCUUUUGAAGCCAUAUAUCCUGUGUUGAGCGAGUUUCGAAAGAGUUGA